AAAACAACACCACCAUGUUCAUGUUACGGCAAGGUUAAAAAACUCUUUUCUUCUUUUAAAUUGCUUUUCUUUUUGUGUCUCUGUACUGUGUAUAUAAUAUAAAUACACAUCAUUAAUUAAAGAGACUUUACUUAGACUUAAUUAAGGAUAUAGGAGAGAAGCAAUAAUACUAACAAUGGGAUCAGAUGAUGAUGUGAAAAAAGGGCCGUGGACGGCCGAGGAAGACUCUGCGCUUUACACUUAUGUUACUGUUAACGGCGAAGGGCAUUGGAACUCUGUUGCUCGCUCUACAGGGUUGAAGAGAACUGGGAAAAGCUGUAGAUUAAGAUGGCUGAAUUAUCUCCGCCCUAAUCUCCGCCGGGGAAAUAUUACUCUUCAAGAACAGCUCCUUAUUCUUCAACUUCAUUCUCGUUGGGGUAACCGGUGGUCGAAAAUAGCUGAAUUUCUUCCGGGAAGGACCGACAAUGAGAUAAAGAACUAUUGGAGAACAAGAGUUCAAAAACAAGCUAAACAACUCAACUGUGAUGUUAACAGUCAGCGUUUUCGAGAUGCAAUGAGACUUGUUUGGAUCCCUCGCCUAGUGGAGCGGAUAGAGGCAGCCACUUCUGCCCAAUCUCCGCCACUUCAACCGCCACCGCCACCGUCAUUGUUGUUGCCACCAUGCAUUGCCACGGAUACCUCAACGUCGACGUGGGAGCAAAAAAGUAUCAUCCCAGAAAAUGUGUCAGGGUCAUGUUCAGACACGUCAGAUUUGAGGGGAGGGUGGUGGGAAGGAGACGGAGUUGACUCAUCAUUUGAGAGCUUGUGGACCGAAGAAAACAUUUGUUUCUUACAACACAUUUUUAGUUAAACCGAAAGAAAAAUUGAUUGUUACAAAGUUGGAGAAUUCGACGAUGCAGUGGAGCCCAAAGGGUGAAGGGACAAAACUAUUAUUCUUUUUUUUGUCUUCUUUUUUCCCUUCUUAAAUUGAUGACCAAAGAACCAAAUAUUUUUCUCUACAUUACUUCUUUCACAUGUGGCCUUGCCUUUGAAAAAUGCAUAUUACAAGGAAAAAAAAAAAAAAGAAGAUAAAAACAAAUUAAGUUGUAUCCAUUUUUAUUUGAAUUUGCUACCUUGUAAUUUCUUCAUUGCUACAAACAAAAAAUACUUAAAAUUUGUGGUGUUGAUAUACGGAAAGUUGGUACUAUGUGUGAAUUAGUAAUAGUUGGGAGGAAACAAACAGUGGUAUUUAGCCAUCAAUCAAAUAGUAAUGAUUUAAAGAGAAUGUAGUACUCAUAAUUAGUAAUGAUUUAAAGAGAUCAAAUCUAGUA